AUGAAUACUUCGACUACCGCUUCCAUACGCGCCUCAGAUCUCGGUCACUUUCGAGAUCCAACUGAUGUUUUCAUUUUUAACUCAUCUCUCUACGUUCUCGACCGAGGAAACCGUCGCAUAGAGAAAAUGUCGCUGAACGGAUCAAAUUCAACUAUAAAACGUAAUUUAACUGGUUUGAAUGUCCCGCUCUAUUUUUACAUUGACAAUCAUGGCGACAUACACGUCAGCGACAGAGGUACUCACAGUGUGUUUGUUUUCCGAUCGAGUUCAUCAGAGAGCUUAAGAGUGGCUGGAAAUGGAGCCCGAGGAUCUGCCAAUGACCAACUGGCUCGGCCGUACGGGAUAUUCGUCACUGAUGUGGGAACGAUCUAUAUUGCAGAUCGUGAGAAUCAUCGAGUGAUGAAAUGGACAUCUGGAGCAUCAGUUGGAAUUCGUGUGGCUGGUGAUGGAACAGCUGGAAACAGUCUGACGCAAGUGAAUUCGCCAACAGAUGUGAUUGUUGAUGAAAAUGAGUUGCUUUACAUUAGUGAACUAGGCAACUCGCGCAUCACUCGUUGGACACCUGGUUCAAUCUCUGGAGUAUGUAUCGUUGCAUGUUCAGCAACAGCGGGAAAUAAACCAACUCAGUUACACGAACCGCAUUCGUUAGCAUUCGAUAGUUUUGGUUCACUGUAUGUCAGCGACUGGAAAAAUAACCGAGUGCAACAAUUUCAAAUUCUCAACUAUCCUGUUUCAUUCAAUCAGCCGAAGUUCUUGUCGAACACAACAUGGAGUGAAUGUGGUGUCACUUUUGUUGAUAACAAAACUCUUACUUCAAAAGUUCGCGGCGUUUUCGUCGAUUUGAACGAUACUCUUUACGUAGCCGACCAUAUGAAGAGCCGAAUUCUGAUUUGGUCUAAUCAGAGUGUUGACCAAGCACGACAGUUAAACGCUAGUUUGUACGAGUUUACGCCUUUAUUUGUGACAUUGAAUGGCGAUAUCUAUUUCGAGAAUGGUGAAAAAACAGGUGAAAUUCGGAAGUUUACAUCAAGUUCUACCGAAAGUAAACUUAUUACAAGACUGUCUGCACACUGCUUUGGUCUCUUUGUUGACAUUCGCAACACCCUCUAUUGUUCUCGUCACGAAAAUCACUUAGUAGUGAAAGUAUUACUAACCAGUGAUAAUCACACGGAGAUACACAUAGCAGGAACAGGCAAAGCAGGAUCGGGGUCAUAUGAACUUGAUCAACCUAUGGGAAUAUUUAUUGAUCUCAAUUAUCAUUUAUAUGUGGCUGAUGGUAGAAACAACAGAGUUCAGUUAUUUCGACGUGGAGACUUGAAUGGGGACACAGUGGCUGGAUCGAACAUUCCAGAAGGUUUAACACUUCAAUAUCCAACUGGUGUGACGGGUGAUGGAAAUGGUUUUUUGUACAUUGCGGAUAGCCUACAGCAUUGUAUAGUCCGAGUGGGGAAUGGCGAGUUUGAAUACAUAGCUGGUUGCAGUAUGAGACGUGGAUCAUCAUCGAAUCAACUUUAUCAUCCACAUACUGUUUAUUUUGACAAUGUUGGGAACUUGUAUGUUGCUGAUGAAUGGAACUUUCGCGUUCAGAUAUUUCGCUUAGAAAUGAGUACAUGUGGUUGUUAUCCUCCCAUUAUCAAAAUAAUCCCAUCUGGAACUGUACUAAGAGUCCGACGUAAUCAAUAUUUUUACAUAAGCUCCGAAAUUGAACUUCGAUGUAAUCUGUCUGAAUCAUUCUCAGCACAAUGGUCAAUUUUGAAUUGUGCAUCACCAUGUUUCGAUGAAACAAUUGAUAUGUACAAGAAUAAUCUGUACAUUCCAUCCCAAACUCUUCCGUAUGGGAUCUAUCAAUUCGAAUUAAUAGUGAAGAUGACGAAUUUUCACGAAAUAAAAUCUUCAGUAUUCGUUGACGUCAAAAUUAUUGCCUCCAGUAUCAUAGCUCAUCUUGUUUCGUAUGAUACACUAAUCAUUAAGCAUCACUAUGAAGAAAAUCUUGUCCUGAAUCCCGGCAAUUAUUCUUACGACCAGAAUUUAAUCCAUUUCAAUCAACACGACUGGCAUUAUGAAUAUUAUUGUCGAAUUUAUUCAACGAACUCUCAACAAUUCUCCACCUUUGAAGACUCAAACCAAACUUGUUUACUAGGUGAAUGGACUUAUAAUAAUGUAAAUCGUACAGCUAUAACAAUCUUCAGUAAAGCAUUCCAAUUAAACCAAACAUACCAGUUUAUGGUUCAGAUGACUCACCGAAAAAACUCUUCUCUCCAAUCUUUUGGUUAUCUGAUCGUGCAAGUUGGGAAUCUUCAAUCGCCCAUUAUUACCAUCAAAUGUCUCAUCAUAACAAUGUGUUCAUCAAAAGGCGAAUUUCGCUACGUCAAUCGUCAUAGGCAAAUAUCACUUUCUUCAUUCUGUACGAAUAACUGUUCACAAACAGUGAAAAUUAGCUGGAAUAUCUACCAAGGAAUGUUAGCUUCACCAAACGCAACUGUUCAAUGGAAUUCUGUUAUUUCAUUGCCGACAUCAUCAUUUUUCGGAUUAGAUACGAAGGAUCUACUUAUAAUGAGCGAUAUUCUCACCGGUCAAUAUUGGCGUUUUGAAGUUCUUUAUCAAUUUGAAUCCGAAACAAUUCGAAGUACGUUCGAUGUUGAACUGAACGAUGGGCCGCGAAAUGGUUUUUGUCUGAUUGAUCCACCGAAUGGAACAAUCUUAACUUUAUUCACAAUUAAUUGCUCGAACUGGUUCGAUGCAGAUGGAAUUAAAGAUUUCCUCAUUUACGGUCUGAUUGUAAACCUUCAAAAACGAAUACUACUUACAACUUCAUCCAAUCCAAUAAUUCUCCUUCGACUACCUGUGAAUGUUCAUUUAAUUGUUCAAAUUCGAGACACAUUGGAUUGUACUACUGAAUAUGAUCUACCAUCAAUCACAAUCUAUUCGAAUUCUGCAAUGAUCGAUACUUUGCUGAUGCAAGAACACUCAAAUGACGAUCGAUAUAUGAUCCCGAUGAUAUUAUCAAUGACGAAUAACUUCGAUCUGAACACUUUAAAUCGAUAUGCAACUAUUCGAGAACAAAUCAUGAUGAUUAUCAACAAAUUACCUUUAACCACACUGAAUGAAAUCAAAUUUCAAUCAUCAAUGCUUUCAAUCCUCACUGAAACAACAAACCAACUAACACGAAGAACAUCGAUCAUCGCACUGAAUAAAUGUUCCCAAUUAUCCUCCUUUCACAAAGCCAAUGUGAAUAAAUUCUCAUAUGAAGAUACGCGUUUCAUCUCAACAAAUAUUCUCGAAUGUAUCACUAACAUUCACACGAGCAUCAAUGGACCAUUACAACAACGUAUGCAAGUUCUUCAAGCUGAUCUACGAGAAGUCAAUGAUAUUACUCUUACAGAAGAACAUAAUCUUCAUCAUCGAAAUUUUGAACAUCAAAAACAAAUAGCCAAUGAAAUGACACAUCAAAUCAAUGAAAUUCUCUCGCUAAUUACAUCAGUCUUAGACAUUCAUUUGCAUUUGACUCAAAAUUUUACCAUCAAUACAUCAACGAUUUCAUUUCUGUUGGCGAAAAUCUCAUCCUCAUCUGUUCCCGAUAACUAUCAAAUUGAUUAUCCAUCGAAUUCAACUAUGCUAAUUCGUAUGAUGGUGCAACCAUUAGCUUCAUAUGGAAAUUCUGUACAAUCGUAUACGAACUCAUCGCGACUACUGUCGCUUUCUAUUCUCGACGAAAGUCAAAAUGAUAUUCGAAUAAAUCGAAUGGAAUUCUUCAUUCCUCGAGAUCCAAACAAGUUAAUUCCACCGAUGUUUUUCCAAAACGUGACAAAAAUGAACCAGAACAAGCUAUUGUUUCAUUUCUAUUCGUUUGACUUAACAAAAUCAAAUGAAAAUCAAACAUUUUCCAUUCAUUUCGAAAUCCAUCCCUUGAAUUCCAACAUCUCCUAUCUAUUGAUUUACCAAUUCGAUCACAAACCUCAAAUACAUUCAAUUCAAAACUGGACAUACCUAUGUCCUUCCAAUUCAACAGGUGAUCAGACGUAUCUUCACUUUAUCGACAAUUCUCAAACAUCCGACCAUCAUUCAAUCAUUUACGGAAUUCGUGAAUUAACAUUCGAAGAAAUGAACAUCUAUUGUUCCGACAAGAAAUUCUAUCAAAAUCUCGAUCAGCCAAGAAGAUUUUUGUCGGAUUAUGAAAUUCGACUUUAUCAAUCGAGUUGUUUGUAUCUUGAUUCGAAUAAUAUUUGGAAAUCGGACGGUUUCCUAGUUGGCCGUUCAACUACUCAUAAUCAAACACAAUGCUUUUCAAUACAUUUAACAUGA